AUGGAAUCCGAGCGAGCAGCAAAGAAACGCAAGUUGGGUCCGACGCAGUCUUUCAAUCACAAUCAGACUCGGAGUCAGUUAAGCCAACAACCGUCUUUUACGGACGUUUUGGCACGGUUGAAGGAGGAAGCUGCGGGGCUUGAAGAUGUCGAGGGCGGAGCUGAUAAAUGGGCCAGGCCACCGCUUCGGAAGAUGAAUGAGAAGAAAGACUCUAUAGUCUUUCAGCAGAUAGACAUUGAUGAAACGGGGGAUGGGAGUGGCGGGAUUGAGUUGCGGAUGUUUGGCGUCACGGAGGAUGGGCACAGUGUACUAGCACACGUAACCGACUUUCCGCCGUAUUUCUAUAUUGGAGUUCCCCGAGGGUUCCAAGAUGGCGAUAUAGAGUCGUUUCGACAGUAUUUGAACUCCGUAACUCAAGGUUGUGUCAGGAGGAUUGAGAGAGUAUCAAAGAGGACGUUGUGGGGCUACAGAGGCGACGACUGGAUACCAUUUCUCAAGUUCAUCAUCACUGAGCCCAGAAGUUUGCCCAAAGUUAGAGAUGAGUAUCCUUUGCGUGGCGAAUGCGAUUUCCAAGGCCUAUUCAAUGACGUUGUGCCCACCUUUGAAAGUAACAUCGCCUACACUCUCCGGUUUAUGAUCGACACAAAGGUUGUUGGGAUGAACUGGAUCGAAGUCCCCGCAGGAAAAUACAACAUCUACUCCCCGGAUAAAAAGCGAUCGACGUGUCAGUUGGAAUUCGGUAUGAGAUACGACGCUUUCAUCUCCCACGCACCCGAAGGCGACUGGUCCAAGAUCGCCCCUUUGCGAAUAUUAAGUUUCGAUAUAGAAUGUGCUGGUCGGAAGGGAAUCUUCCCGGAAGCGUCGGUCGAUCCUGUGAUCCAGAUUGCUAACAUGGUGACGAUUCAAGGGGAACAUAAACCUUUCAUCCGGAACGUAUUCACGCUCAACAGCUGUUCACAUAUCGUCGGCUCGCAAGUCCUUUCAUUCGACGACGAGGCGAAAAUGCUACAUAGUUGGCGAGACUUUGUUGAACAAGUUGAUCCGGACGUUGUCAUCGGAUAUAACAUUGCUGGAUUCGAUUUCCCGUACCUCAUGGAUCGAGCAAAGGCCAUAAAGGCGAUCAAGUUCCCAUACCUUGGAAAACUGAAAAACGUCAAAGUUGAGACGAAAAACACCCAUUUCUCAUCAAAAGCGUACGGCCAGCGUGACUCGAAGGAUACACCGCUGGAUGGGCGUCUACAGCUCGAUGUACUGCAAUUCAUGCAGCGGGAACAUAAAUUGCGGAGCUACACUUUGAAUUCUGUCUGUGCGCAAUUCUUGGGGGAGCAAAAAGAGGAUGUCCAUCACUCUGUGAUUACGGAACUGCAGAAUGGUACUCCAGAGUCACGGCGGCGGUUGGCUGUGUACUGUCUCAAGGAUGCGUAUCUCCCCCAACGGCUUUUGGACAAGCUCAUGUGCUUUGUGAAUUACAUCGAAAUGGCCCGUGUCACCGGUGUCCCAUUCAACUACCUCCUCUCUCGCGGUCAAUCUAUCAAGGUUCUCUCGCAGCUCUUCCGCAAAGCCAACGACGAGGGCUACGUGGUACCUUCGAUGAAGGGAGAGGGUUCUGACGAGCAAUACGAAGGUGCUACCGUCAUUGAGCCCAAAAAGGGCUACUACGAUGUGCCGAUUGCGACUCUGGAUUUCAGCUCACUUUACCCGUCCAUCAUGAUGGCUCAUAAUUUGUGCUACACCACUCUUUUGGACAAGGCGACUAUAGAUCGCCUAGGCUUGGUCAAGGACGUUGAUUAUAUUCAGACUCCCAACAAUGAUCUGUUCGCAACGACUAAGAAGCGGAAGGGCCUGCUGCCAACCAUCCUGGAAGACCUGAUAUCAGCACGUAAGCGGGCCAAGGCAGAUCUGAAGAAAGAGACAGACCCAUUCAAAAAGGCCGUGUUAGACGGACGACAGCUUGCUCUCAAGAUCAGUGCCAAUUCGGUGUAUGGGUUUACGGGUGCGACGAUUGGCAAACUCCCGUGUCUGGCUAUCUCGUCUAGUGUCACGUCGUAUGGUAGGCAGAUGAUUGAGAAGACGAAGCAGGAAGUGGAAGCUGAAUACUGCAUCGCUAAUGGGCAUACGCAUGAUGCUGAGAUUAUUUAUGGUGAUACCGAUUCUGUUAUGGUUCGGUUUGGGCCAAAUGAUCUUGCCAAGGUUAUGGCUUUGGGUAUUGAAGCGGCGGAUCUAGUGACCGCGAAGUUCGUGAAGCCCAUCAAGCUCGAGUUCGAGAAGGUGUAUUAUCCAUAUCUCUUGAUCAGCAAGAAACGUUAUGCGGGGUUGUAUUGGACAAAAGUGGAUAAGUAUGAUAAGAUGGACUCGAAAGGUAUCGAGACUGUCCGUCGAGACAACUGUCGACUCGUGUCUACCGUGAUUGAGACUUGUCUGCACAAAAUGCUCAUUGAUAGGGACGUUCGGAGCGCCGAGGAUUAUACCAAACAGACUAUCGCAGACCUGUUACAGAACAAGGUGGAUAUGUCACAGUUGGUGAUCACCAAAGCCCUUUCCAAAACCGAUUAUGCUGGCAAACAAGCACACGCGGAACUUGCAGAGAGAAUGAAACAACGUGAUGCAGGUUCGGCUCCAGCACUGGGAGAUCGUGUUGCCUACGUGAUAAUCAAGGGUAUCAAAGGUGCUGCCGCAUACGAGAAAUCCGAAGACCCCCUCUACGUACUCGAGAAUAACCUCCCUAUCGACACCAAAUAUUACUUAGAGAACCAACUGUCAAAACCUCUCAUGAGAAUUUUCGAACCUAUCCUUGGCGAGAAAGCAUCUUCCUUACUGUCGGGCGACCACACGCGCACGAUACAAAUCGCUACCCCCACGGUGGGAGGACUGAUGAAGUUCGCGGUGAAGACCAUCACUUGUUUGGGGUGCAAAACUCCUCUGCGCGCGACUAACAGCGUCAAAAAUGGUGCCCUGUGCAACAACUGUCGACCGCGCAUGGCUGAAAUGUACCACAAGCAAGUCUCGACAACGUCAGAUCUACAAGUACGAUUCUCGCGUUUGUGGACACAAUGUCAGCGGUGUCAAGGAUCACUGCAUCAGGAUGUGUUAUGCACGAGUAAGGAUUGCCCGAUCUUUUACAUGAGGAAGAAGGCACAGAAGGAUGUCGAGGAUGCGAAUGCUGUGUUGCAGCGGUUUGAUGACGAUGUGUGGUGA